CUUUCAUUUAUUUGGUGGUAAAAGGGGGUCACAGCAAAAAUCAUCCAGCACAGGCGUGCGCAGUGCGCGUCCACGAGCAGUUUUUUUAAUUCUCCUGUGAAAUGCUUUCAGUGCGCAAAGUUCUUCCAGACGCAGUUCAAUUACCGCACACACACACAGUGAAAUCACUUCACCUAACUGCUUCAGAUUUGAGCCCGGCACUGUCUGUCCUGCCUCUCCUGUGAAAUCUGGAAAAUGGGAGGGUGAAAAAAAAAAAGACGGUGUAUAAUUGAUGUUUUCCCAUGGAACAGCCCCUCCUCUCCGCAACACAGGCUAACCCUCAGGUGGAAGAAACCUUUUUAAAAAAAACAUUUUUUUUUUCGGCAUAACAUCAGGAGGGUUUGUCUAGGCGAGCCAAUCAAAUCCCUCCUCUGCUAUAGGUCGCAGCUAUACAAAGCAUUAAAAGCGGUCGCCUCACACAAGCGGCUGCAGCUCGACUAGAGAUCCCGUGGCUUUUAAUUCCCUCACUACUUUUUUUUUUUAAAACCCUCCUUCGAUGUGCCCCGUUAUUACCAUUUGUCUGAGGCGUUCAUUUCCGCACCUGCCACAGUAGAGACGAAGGCGAAGUAGAGGAGGAGACAAGGACAUUUCGAGAGCCGGGAGAGGCAGACGGUAGAGAUAGCAGCGGCGACUCGUUUGAGAGAUCUUAAAAAGGACACAACCAAAAAAAAAAAAAAAAAAAAAAAAAAAAGGAAAAAAAAAAUGCUGCUCUGGACCAGAAUCGUAUUGGUCGGUCUCAUCUGCUUGUCCUUGGUGUCCUCUGGGAUGGGAUGCGGACCGGGCAGGGGCUACGGCAGGAGAAGACACCCGAAGAAGCUGACACCUCUUGCGUACAAGCAGUUCAUCCCCAACGUGGCGGAGAAGACCCUCGGGGCAAGCGGCAGAUACGAAGGCAAGAUCACAAGAAACUCCGAGCGAUUUAAAGAACUGACUCCCAAUUAUAACACAGACAUCAUAUUCAAGGAUGAGGAGAACACCGGUGCCGACAGGCUAAUGACUCAGAGAUGUAAAGACAAGCUGAACUCUCUGGCCAUCUCAGUGAUGAAUCAGUGGCCCGGGGUGAAGCUGCGGGUCACCGAGGGGUGGGACGAAGACGGACACCACUUCGAGGAGUCUCUCCACUACGAGGGCAGGGCCGUGGACAUCACCACCUCGGACAGAGACAAGAGCAAAUACGGCACUCUGUCCAGACUGGCGGUGGAAGCCGGAUUCGACUGGGUCUAUUAUGAAUCCAAAGCCCACAUCCACUGCUCUGUGAAAGCAGAAAACUCAGUGGCAGCAAAGUCAGGCGGCUGCUUCCCAGGCUCCUCCACUGUCACCCUCCAGGAUGGCACCAAGAAGGCGGUCAAAGACCUACAAACCGGCGACAGGGUCCUGGCAGCGGAUGACAACGGAAACCCGAUUUACACCGACUUCAUCAUGUUCAUAGAUCAAGACUCGACGACCAGGAGGCUCUUCUACGUGAUCGAAACCGACUCGGGCCACAAAAUCACCCUCACCGCCGCGCACCUCCUCUUCGUCGGUCACAACAGCACAGAAGAGGAGCGGAUGGCGGCGAUCUUCGCCAGCCAAGUCCAACGUGGACAAAAAGUGUUCGUGUUUGAUGCCGAGCGAAGUCGACUCGAGCCUGUGACCGUAAAACGGAUUUACACGCAAGAGCAUGAGGGCUCCUUCGCGCCCGUGACCGUGCAAGGGACUGUCGUGGUGGAUCAGGUCCUUGCGUCCUGUUACGCAGUGAUCGAAGACCACGUCCUGGCGCACUGGGCCCUGGCACCUGUCAGGCUCGCCCACUGGGUGUCCUCGUUGCUUUUCAGUUCCCAGCCACAAGUCAGUGCACAGAACGACGGAGUGCACUGGUACUCCAAGAUCCUUUAUCAAUUAGGAACAUGGCUCUUGGACAGCCACUCGAUCCAUCCACUUGGGAUGUCAGUAUCCCCGAGUUGAAACCCCUACUCCAGGAACAGAACGAGACUUAAAUGUAGGACACACGAACUAUUCAGUAGAUUAAAAAAAAUAAAAUAAUAAUAAUGAUUAAAAAAAAACAAAAACGAACGAACAAACAAACAAGACAAAGGCCCCAGCGGAGUUGGGAUAUUUAUUUCAGUGACUUUUCCAUGUGUCCCCCUUUCAAAGAAUGAACGGAGCCUUAAAAAAGUUUCUCUUUGAAUAAUUUAUUCUCAUGUGAACUGGCUGCUGUCACACAACUGGAUACUGAAACGGUGUGAGCAGCAAAUUGUGCAUAAUCUAUUUUUGUAUAUCUCAAAUGCAAAAAAA